AUGCCAAUGUUCGAGGACCCCGACUGCUCGAUUAUAAAGAGUUUGAUUUUUGGUCAUCGACGACUCGUCUCAGCCGCACGAGGGUCAGGUUCGGGUCUACCCUUGCCGAAAAUUGGUGUUCUUCAACCGCCAGAGCUCGUCGGGGUUCGUCGGGGCUCGCGAAGGUCGUUUCAGCCAUUGUCGGAGGACGGGGCUAAACAAACCUCGAUCGUCGAGAGCUCGAAAUUGCUGGACGAUAGCCGGAAGUUGCUGGAGACCUGGCCUCGUCGGACGUUGGUCCCGUCGCUUGCGGUGGUUGCAGGCCUAUGGCGGAGCGGACUUCUGCGAACCGGACGAACCGGCGGGUUGCUGCUUGAAAUCGCCGACGGUCAGCUUUCUUUGGUGAUGAAGAAGGACGGACCACCGCUCUUGAUGCGCUGCCAUGGUGAAUUGCCGGUGAAAGCGGCGACAGGAGGAUUGCGAGGGUCAAAGGACUCGCCAGCGGCCUGCUACAGAAGGGAGUUUCCCGAGGAGAUAACGGAAUCGAGGCUCGACGUCGGAGGUUGA